CACUCUAAGAGCGCUACUGAAACUAACUAAAGCAACAGUUGCGGUCCAGUCGUUACGGAGUGAGUGUGUUUCACAUUUUUAAUUCUAGUUAUGUAACAAAUAGUGAUUUAAAUGAUUAAAAUAGUGAUUUAUUUUAUUAGUUUAUAUUGUUUAAGGAAUAUUUCUUCGUUAAAAUGGACAACGCAUCAGUAUCAAAGGGCAUUUUUGUACAUAAAGGUGCAUAUAAAAUUGGAAAUAAAAAAACAAAAUUUGAACAACCAGAUUAUAUAAAUGAACCAUGGCACCUUACUUAUAAAGAAACGUGGGAUGGCAUUCAAAAUGCCAUGGAGGAUGUAAGAUUAAAUAUGUUCCAAGAAAUUUUAAAUAAUUUAGAAUCUUUUGUUACUAAAGUCAAAAAUAAACCAAUAGAACAACUUGAUGAAAUACAGGCAGCUAUUGUGUUAGCAGGAGUUAAUGUUUCUGAUCAUAAAGAAAUGUUUCAAAGAAUAGUUUCUAAGUUAGAAGUGAAAACAAAGCAUAUAGCAGUUUUAUGGAGCAGAGACUCAAAUAAUAUAAAAGAUAUUACAGAAAAAUCAAUUUAUCAAUUGAUAAAUAAUGGAGAAGAUGAGGAUACACAUAUUAAAAAGAAUCAAUGUCAUAUGAGAGCUUUAAAAGCAUGGCACCAAGAGCAUUGUGAUCAAAAUGAUCCUCUUAUUAUAAUAUUAACUGAUUUUGAAAGUAUCCCUGCUGCAGUAUUACAUGAUUUCAUUUUAAUUUUAAGUGCAUAUGCAAAUUCGAUGAAAUUUAUUCUUAUUUUUGGUGUUGCAACCACUUUAUUUGCCAUUCAUAGAUCUUUGACAUAUGAUGUUACAUCAAAAUUAAAUGUUCAAGUAUUUCAAACAAAAAAACAAAUUGAUGUAUUAUCAGAUGUAUUAGAAAAUACUGUUUUUGGUACAAAUAUUCCAUUUAAAUUGACUGGACGCGCGUUCCAAUUAUUAACGGAUAUCUUUUUAUUUUAUGAUUUUUCUGUACAGAAUUUUUUUCUAAGUUAUAAGAUAUGUAUGAUACAACAUUUUUAUGCAAAUAAUGUAAAUUCUCUUUGUUGUCAACCACACAAAAUAAAAAGUAGGAUGUCUUCAUUGACAGAUGAAGAUUUGAAUGAAAUUAAAAAAUUGCCCUCUAUAGAAAAACAUAUUCAACAAUUGACAAAAGAUGAAAACAAAGAUGAAUUACUUGAAAAUAGUAAAUUUAAGGAAAUAUUGAUCCAAGUUUUAAAUAAUUUUCAUCAAUAUAUGCAUCGGUUUUUGUUAAUACUCAGAUGUUUGCACGAUUUCGUGUCAACAUUACCAAAUGCACCAAUGGGUAAACAGCUACGUGAAUUUUAUACAACAGUGGUUUAUUUGAACAAUCUGAAAGAAUCUCAAGAGUAUAAAGAAUGUCUGCAAUUAUUGACCUUUUUAUCUAAGCAGGAACUUCUCUCAAAAUUGAACUCUUUGAUAGCAAUUAUCACAAAUUCAAAAGAUUCAGAUAUGAUAAAAGUCAAAAAAGAUUUGCAGAGUUUUGAGAAAAGAAUUGAGGAAUCCAGUUUAGAAGUUGCAGAAAAACCUGUAGAUAUUGUUUCUACGGGUGAAAGACUCAGUCGACUUCAGUUGAAAGAGAAAUUGUUGAAAAUGUCUAAAACACACUCUAAAUCGCCUUAUAAAAUAGCACAGCAGGAUUUGAUCGAUUAUUUGGACCAGAAAGUAUUUUCUGUUUAUUUGGUUAAUCCUAAUUAUAUACCAGGAAAUGAGAUAUUUUGUUUCAACGAUGGCAAUUUAGCGAAGCAACAUAUUCGAGGAUCUUUGAGAUCUGCGAUUCAUACUGGACUAAACAAUCCACAAGUGUACUUAAACUGCGAGUGUUGCAAAUUGGAGAACGACGACGCCAUUCCGUCCACGCUGCCUGACCUCAGUAUAAUUUACAAGCUGCACUUGGAAUCCAGGAAACUGAUCAAUAUGUACGACUGGCUCCAGAAAAAUUAAAGCAAUCAAAUAGCAUCCUUGAUAAACCAGUUCCUCUUAUGAACAAGACCACUUCUUCUAAUCACAGAUUAUUAGAAUAUAUCAAACUAAUCCUCGAAAUGGACUGGACGAGUCAGUAAAGCGAAUGGACCGUGCUCCUAUUUGUCAAUAUAAUUUUUCCUGUGAAUUGAGCCCCAAUCGGAUGUUAAACGAGGUUCUCAAAACUUAGCCCAAUAUGAUUAGACGAAUAAAUAGGAAUUAUAUCGUGAAACGAAGCAACGAAAUUUAAUUAUUUGAAAAUGUAAUCGAAAGAUAAGAGUCAUAGCUAACGUAGUUAUAUUUACGUGGAAAAUUUCAUUUCUUGGCCCACGUUGUUCGAACUAAGGAAUCAGAACAAGGUAUACUUGAUUAUUUCACGGGGCAAGAUUAUAAGUGUUUGCUGUGACUUAAUUGAUAUUUUCCCUGGAUCUUUAGCAAGAUUGCCUUCGACGUUCACUUAAAUGAUUCUGGAGAUAGAUAGACUAAUUUAAACUUAAUUUGUGGCAAAUUAUUAUUGGAAUAGAUGUUUAUAAAAUAUAAAAUUUGUUUGAG